CCCCAACCUUACCUCCGUAGGACUGGAGUCGCCCGUUCCUGGCUGACUAGCUAGCUCUUCACACUUUCCCUCACUUUCUUGGUGAAAUCUCUUGAGAGAUUCACCGAAAAAUCCUCAGGAUUUUCUACAUUCUCAGUUUCCCAGGUAACCAAACAGAGGAAUACUCGUUUUUGACGCCAUGAUCCAUUCAAUCAAGCACGCACAAUACUCUCUAGCAGCCUCAGACUUCCUGCCCAAAAGGCGCGGACUGGUUAAACCCCAAUUUUCUCCACUACCCAUUAUACGAAACGCGCUACAAGGCCUUAAUCAUUCACUCACUCCGCCAAAACCAUUACGUGUUUCUUCAAUUGAGAACUUUUCGCUUACAAUAACAAAGACCCAGAAGCGCACAACAACAACAGAGUGCAAAGCCUAUGAGGCUGACCGGUCGCGCCCGAUUGACGUCAAGAUUGAGUUGCUGGACGAGCAGGCGCGAUUGGAUGCGGCACAGAGGAUCAAAAUCGGGAUCUAUUUUGCGACCUGGUGGUCUUUGAAUGUUGUGUUCAAUAUAUACAAUAAGAAGGUUUUGAAUGCGUUUCCUUAUCCAUGGCUUACUUCGACGCUCUCGCUCGCUUGUGGGUCUCUCAUGAUGUUAAUUUCAUGGGUCACGAGGAUCACUGAUGCCCCGAAGACUGAUUUCGAGUUUUGGAAGACCCUCUUCCCGGUUGCAGUGGCACAUACAAUUGGGCAUGUGGCUGCAACUGUAAGCAUGUCAAAGGUUGCAGUUUCAUUCACCCACAUCAUCAAGAGUGGUGAGCCUGCUUUCAGUGUCCUGGUUUCAUGGUUUCUAUUGGGAGAGACUUUUCCAGGGCCUGUCUACUGGUCACUUUUGCCUAUCAUUGGAGGUUGCGCACUUGCUGCCAUUACUGAGCUCAACUUCAACAUGAUUGGUUUUAUGGGUGCUAUGAUAUCGAACUUGGCAUUUGUUUUCCGGAACAUUUUCUCAAAGAAGGGGAUGAAGGGGAACUCUGUCAGUGGGAUGAACUACUACGGCUGUCUGUCCGUGUUGUCACUAUUGAUUCUCACGCCAUUUGCCAUUGCGGUUGAGGGACCACAAGUGUGGGCUGCUGGCUGGCAGAAUGCUGUAGCUCAAAUUGGACCCAACUUCGUUUGGUGGGUGGCUGCCCAAAGUAUCUUCUACCACCUGUAUAAUCAGGUUUCAUACAUGUCUCUUGAUCAGAUAUCACCCUUGACAUUUAGCAUUGGUAACACAAUGAAGCGGAUAUCUGUAAUAGUCUCAUCCAUCAUUGUCUUCCACACCCCAGUUCGACCCAUCAAUACCCUUGGUGCCACCAUAGCAAUUCUUGGUACCUUCCUUUAUUCACAGGCAAAGCUGUGAGGAGACCUGAGUUUGUAGGAUUCGGUUGUAAAUUAUAUGAAAAUGAGUCGACGAUGAAGAACGUACUUUGGCUGAGAUUGAGUAGUAGUGGGCAUUUAAUUAGAAACUGCAGGUAAUGGCCGUUAAUCAGCCCCGGUACUGGUGGCAAUAGCCAGGUGAUAGUUUUGUUCAGGAGGAAGAUGGAGCAUUUUCUUUAGAUCGGUGUAAAAAUGGUAUCUGGAGGUGAUUAUUGUUCCCUUUUGACAUGCACCAAUGGCCUUGUUGUAGCUAAUAAGAAUAAUGUAAGAGGCAUAUUAAUGAAAUGAGUUUCUUUGUUGA